GUGAAAAGGCCUCAGCGGGGACUGCUGCUUGCGGGAGGCUUGCCCUCCGGGUCGGGAGGAUCAGAGACGUCUCUAUGGUCAAGUAAACAUAGAGCGGUGCCUCCCCUUCCCGCGUGGUAGGACUGCGCAUGCGCCGGGGCUGCAGCUUUGGAAAGAUGGCGGAGGAAGAGCAAAGGAAAAAGAUCCCUUUGGCUCCAGAAAAUCUCCUGAAAAAGAGGAAGGCUUAUCAGGCGCUCAAAGCCACCGAGGCAAAGCGGGCACUGUUGGAAAAGAAAGAGCACAGGAAAGGAAAGGAUAUCAGGUUUAAGCGACUGGAAUGGUUCCCACACGACGCGUGGCGGCAACAGUGUGACAAGGUGUGCCUCAGACAACUAGACGGGAAGCCUUAUGGUUUGGAAGUGCCCGAUGAACAUUCCUUGGCCUUUGUUGUACGCAUCCAGAGGAUCAGAGGGGUGAGCGUAACGGUACAGAAAGCCAUGGCAAGGCUUCGCCUGAAGAAGAUUCUCAGUGGUGUCUUUGUCAAGACCAUAAAAACGCUGCGUACAGUGGAGCCUUAUGUGACCUGGGGAUUUCCAAAUCUGAAGUCUGUCCGGGAGCUCAUCUUGAAACGUGGGCAAGCCAAGGUCAAGAAUAAAAUCAUCCCUUUGACAGACAACACAGUGAUUGAGGAGCAUCUGGGGAAGUUUGGUGUCAUUUGCUUGGAAGACCUCAUUCAUGAAAUUGCCUUCCCAGGGAAGAAUUUCCAGGCCAUCUCAGGGUUCCUGUGCCCUUUCCACCUCUCAGUGGCCCACCACGCUCCCAAGAACAGAGUGGGCUUCCUCAAGGAGGUGGGCACCCAUGGGUAUCGAGGUGGACGCAUCAACCAGCUCAUCCGGCAGCUGAACUAGACCAGAAUACCUGAAAGCACCCUGCAUUGGAAGCAUGUGUUUUGUAUUUUGGAAUUAUCCAGUAUCUUCAAAGAAGAUUAUUUUCUGCUGUAGCUUCAGAAACCAGAGGGGAAGGGCCGGGGAAACAUGGUGAUGAUGUCCCACUUCCAAAGGAAAAGUCCAGUGUGUUUUCUACGUUGGCCACUGCUGCCACCUCUGAAAUCAGCCCAGGGCUCAUGCCAUGGAGGAGAGGGGCCUGUGUCACAUCUCUACCCCAGCAUGAGCACAAGGCGGCGUGGAGCAGGCCCAAAGCAUACUGAACUUGGGGUUCCUGUUGCCUUGUUUGGAAAGAACUUGAAAUACAUUUAGAGGAGCACAAAAAAAAAAAAAAAAAAAAAAAAAAA